CAAAUACAGCCCUUAGACAGAGCCCCACAGUUUUUUCUCAGGCACAAGUUGGAGUCCCCAGUAGCUUUUUGCUUAUUUUUUUCUGCAUGGCCAUCACAGCACCUUAUCUUCGUACAUUUUCCAUUUGAAAAGCUAUAGGAACAUGCUCCAUAGUUUCAUGAUUGUCUUUACAAGGAUAAAAAAAUAUCGGCAACCUUUUCAAGAAGAUAAAAAUAUAGAGAAGCAAAGUCGAGGGGAAAGGUUUUAUGUUUAGUUAAUUAUGCAGUUAAUUGCAUGCAUAGGCACAUAAUUACUGUUAAAUUUUCUUGACAGGAUGAUUAGGAGCCCCACAUACAAACCUAUAUAACCCUGCUGGUCUUUAAAGUUUAGUAAACCCAUCUUUGUUCAAUGUGGAUUAGUUCUUAAAUAAAGUUAUACCUCUGAAAUCUUCUUGUCAUCCUAAGUCUGUCAAGCUUGAUCAUAUUUUUUUCAUGAUCAUGUCACUGUGAGACUCUUUCUAUCAUAUCUGAUAACUUGAAAUCUUUGAAAGGCAGCAACCAAAUGUGUUAUUUGAUGUUCAUUUUCUCUUUACUUGGUGCCAUUUCUGUGGUCACUCUUGCUGGUGAUCCGACUACUGAUUCGUUCUGGCUUCUGAGAAUUAAAUCAGAACUUGUUGAUCCUGAAGGAGUUCUAGAGAACUGGUCAACAAGUAAUGAUUUGUGCUCUUGGAAUGGAUUGGUAUGUUCAGAAAAUCUUACUCGUAUAUUGGUUCUGAAUCUCACAGGUUCAGGAUUAUCUGGUUCUAUAUCUUCUGAAUUGUCUCGUCUCACUUCACUACAAACAAUUGAUUUGUCAAUGAAUGAUCUCACUGGCGCAAUUCCUCCAGAGCUUGGGCAGCUUCAGAAUCUGAAGGAACUACUUCUGUAUUCAAAUUCUCUCUCCGGUGUGAUUCCUCCAGAGAUAGGUCUUUUGAAGAAACUGCAAGUUCUGAGGAUUGGAGAUAACAUGUUAUCGGGACAAAUUCUUCCUGUCAUUGGCAAUUUGAGUGAGUUGAGAAAUUUGGGACUUGCUUAUUGCCAACUUAAUGGAAGCAUUCCGAUUGAAAUUGGUAAUUUGAAAUAUCUAAAUUCUCUGGACUUGCAGAACAACAGUCUCAGCGGUCUCAUACCACAAGAGCUAAGUGGCUGCAUACAGCUUCAGAGAUUUACAGCAGCAAACAAUAGGCUUGAAGGAGAAAUUCCUGCUUCGAUGGGAAAUCUUAAAUCAUUGCAGAUAUUGAAUUUAGCUAAUAACAGUCUUUCUGGAUCAAUUCCUAUUGAGUUGUGUGAUCUCUCCAAUUUACAAUACUUGAACUUACUAGGAAACAGACUGAGUGGGUCAAUCCCAUCGGAAAUCAACCAACUGAGCCAGCUCGUGAGUCUAGACUUGUCAAGCAAUAAUCUGCUAGGAGCCAUUGUGCUCAAUUCCCAAAUGAGGAACCUCGAGGCUCUAGCUCUAUCUGAUAAUUCUUUGACUGGUAGCAUUCCCGCCAACCUUUGUGGUAAAGAUUCAAACUUGCAAUACAUUUUUCUGUCACAGAAUAAUUUAUCUGGAAACUUUCCAUUGGAGCUACUGAACUGUUCUUUACUUCAAGAAGUUGAUCUCUCUGACAACAACUUCGAGGGAGAACUGCCAGCUGGUUUGGACAGACUAGAGCAUCUGACAGAUCUUGCACUAAACAACAACAGCUUCACAGGAAGUCUACCUCCUCAAGUUGGUAACUUGAGUUACUUGAUGACACUUUUUCUUUUUGGAAACAAGAUGACAGGUAGAAUUCCAGUUGAAGUUGGGAAAUUACAACACUUGAGCAUUUUAUAUCUCUAUGAGAACCAGAUGUCAGGAAGUAUACCAGUAGAGAUUACAAACUGCUCAAGCUUAACUGAGAUUGACUUUUUUGGGAACCAUUUUUCAGGUUCCAUUCCUUCAACAAUUGGGAAACUUACUAAUCUGAAAUUCCUUCUUCUGAGGCAAAAUGAUUUGUCAGGGACCCUUCCUCCAAGUUUAGGAUACUGCAAAAAGCUUCAAAGAUUAGUUUUGGCUGAUAACAAGCUCUCAGGGUCACUGCCCCCAACAUUCAGAUUCCUUUCUGACCUUUUUCUAAUCACUCUUUACAAUAACUCAUUUGAAGGUCCUCUUCCUGAAUCUCUUUAUCUUUUGAAGAACCUCAACAUCAUUAAUUUUUCUCACAACAGAUUCACUGGUAGCAUAGUUCCCCUUUCUGGCUCGACUUCUCUCUCCGUAUUGGACCUGACAAACAAUAGCUUCUCAGGUCCUAUUCCUUCAAGACUAGCCAUGUCGAAAAAUCUGACCCGGCUGCGCCUUGCACAUAAUUUUUUCACAGGCUACAUUCCUUCUGAAUUUGGCCAGAUCAGUAUGCUCAGCUUUCUUGAUUUGUCAUUCAACAAUUUCUCCGGAGAACUGCCUCCCCAGCUAUCUAAAUGUGAAAAGUUUGCUCAUCUUCUGCUCAACAAUAAUCAAUUUUCUGGCAUGAUUCCCACAUGGUUAGGAGGCUUGCAAGAACUCGGUGAGUGUGAUCUGUCAGCCAAUAAUUUCAAUGGAACAAUACCAGCAGAACUUGGUAAGUGUUCAAAAUUACUCAAGCUUUCUCUUCAUAGCAACAAACUUUCAGGCAACAUCCCACCAGAGAUUGGAAACCUUACUUCUUUAAAUGUCCUGAACCUUCAAAGAAACAAUCUUUCCGGAUCCAUUCCUCCCACAAUCCAGCAAUGUAAAAAGCUCUAUGAACUGAGACUCUCCAACAACAUCUUAUCUGGUCUAAUACCACCAGAAUUGAGCACACUUACCGAGCUUCAAGUGAUUUUAGACCUUAGUUAUAAUUCCCUCUCCGGAGAAAUCCCAUCUUUCCUUGGAAACCUUGUGAAAUUAGAGAGACUAAACCUCUCUUUUAACCAACUUCGCGGACAAGUUCCCUAUUCACUUGGAAAACUGACCAGCCUUCACAUGCUCAACCUUUCAAAUAACCAUCUUCAAGGCCAAAUCCCCUCAACUUUUUCAAGAUUCCCACUAAGCACAUUCUUGUCAAACGACAACUUAUGCGGCCCACCAUUAGUACCCUGUUCACAAUCAUCUUCUUCUACUGAGAAAAAGUGGCUAUCAAACAGUCAAGUAGCUGGAAUUAUAGUGGCCAUUGUGUUUACAGCUACAGUCAUAUGCCUAGUAUUGCUCUACAUAAUGCUAAGAAUAUGGUGCAACUGGAGAAAGGUCGCGAUUUCAAGCUCAGAAAAUGGUCGAAGUGAGAAAGAAAGACCAGAGGAGAAAUGGGGUCAUGGAAAUGGUGAUGCAAUAAGGAGCCUUGAUCAGUACUGGAAUGUUAACACCAUGGAAAAGAAGGGUCAUUCCAUGACACCAUCAUGCAUUUUCAACCUCGGAUAAAUCAUCAUUCGCAAGGUAUUCGUUACCUUUGUUUCUAGUGUAGAAUCUUGUUAUUGAUUCCUUGAUUUGUAUCAGAUUUUGUUGUUUGAUAAUUAUAGCGGUGUGUGCAUGCAUGGCA